AUGAGUCUCAUUGUUCAACCUCAACAACAACAACAACAACAACAACAACAACAACAACAGAAACAAAACAAUGCAAUUGUUACAACAAACAAUAACAAGAAUCAAAUAAUAUUAGGGACAGAGAGAACUUCAAAGCUAUCAUCACCCAUCAUUCAACUUGUAGGUCAUAAAGCAAGUGUAAAUACUUGUAAAUUUAAUACUUAUGGUACUGCUUUGGCUUCUGGUUCAUCUGAUAACGAAAUAUUUUUAUGGAAUGUUUAUGGAGAAUGUAUAAAUUAUGGUGUAUUAAAAGGACAUAAACAUAGUGUAUUAGAAUUACAUUGGUCAAAUGAUAGUACUCAAAUUUACUCUUGCAGUGCAGACAAGACGAUUGGUAUAUGGGACGCUGUAGAAGGAAUGUCACUAAUCAAAAGAAUCAAAGAACACAAUAGCAUCAUCAAUUCAUGUUGUUCAUCUAGACGUGGUUCUCCUCUUGUUGCAUCGGCAUCAGAUGAUGGCACCUCAAGAAUAUUCGAUAUACGUUCAAAGUCUAGCAUUCAUUCAUUCAAACAUAAAGGACCUGUCACUGCUGUCUGUUUUUCAGAUAGUUCAGAUCAGUUGAUCACUGGUAGCGUAGAUAAUAAUAUUCGAGUUUGGGAUAUCAGAACCGAGACCGUUUCAAUGACUUUGACGGGACACACUGAUACUAUUACAUCACUUUCAUUUUCACCAUCGUCCGACAGCAACAACUUUAAUGUCAACAAUUCAAUUCUUUUAUCCAAUUCUAUGGAUGGCACUUUGAGAAUGUGGGAUCUAAAACCAUUUUCUGUAAACAACAACAGAUCACUAGGAGGAUUUCAAGGUGCUCAUCACAACUUUGAACAAUCAUUAUUAAAAUGCUCUUGGUCUGCAGAUGGACAAAGAGUAUCAUCGGGAAGUGCGGAUGGUUUGGUUUAUAUUUGGGAUACAGAGUCGCACAAGGUACUCUAUAAACUACCAGGACAUCAAGGUACAGUUAUGGAAGUGGCUUUCCAUCCAAAUGAACCAAUUAUUGCUAGUUGUUCUGAAGAUAAAACAAUUUAUAUUGGUGAAAUUACAAAACAAUAA